CCCCCUCUUUGUUUCUCUGACCCAUUCUCUGUUUUCUCUAUAGCAAAUGAUAGAGGAGAAAAACACACGCACAAUUCACACUCACACUAAUUAAGUGAAUUAUGGAACUCAGUUUAGUUUUGUCCUUGGACUUCGUACCCAAAACCAUACCUGAGAUUCUCCUCGAAGUUUCGUCCAUCUCUGAUUCCUUCACCAAGCGCUCCAAGCUCGACGAUUAUGUCAACAGAUUGGAGGACGAAAUGAAGAAAAUCGACGCCUUCAAACGGGAGCUUCCUCUCUGUGUUCUUCUCUUGCAAGAUGCUGUUUUGAGAUUGAAAGAGGAGACGUUACAGUUGAAGGAUCAGCCCCCGGUGAUUGAAGAGUUUAUACCAUUGAAAGGAAGUUCCGAUGAAUCCGACGACGGGGAAAGCGAGAGGAAGAAGAAGUGGUUGAGUUCCGCUCAGUUGUGGAAUACCAACUUUGAUUUCGACGACGAAAAGCAAAACCCCAAAUCGGAUACCAACUUGAAUGGUGAGGAAGACGAUCGGUCUGUGCCGCAGAACCCAAUCGAACAUUGGGAUUGUGCAAAAAGACGAAGAGAAUUCGAAUUGUUCAAAGAUCAAUCCAAUUUCGUGAAAAGGAAGGAAGAUGGGGCGUUUUCUGAAGUCCCAAAACUUACUCUAAUGACUCCAAUCUCUGAUCCCUUCCCUGUUAAUUUGACAGUCAAGAACAGUGGCAGGGGCGCCAGAGCCGCCGUUCCUGGCUUGUCUUCGCCGGCAGCGCAAAUUAAGGCACAGACGAAACUGUCGCAGCAGCAACAGACCAUAAGGAAACAAAGACGAUGCUGGUCGCCGGAGCUCCACCGGCGCUUCGUCGACGCGCUGCACCGACUCGGCGGAUCUCAAGUGGCGACGCCGAAACAGAUAAGGGAAUUGAUGCAAGUGGAUGGGCUGACGAACGACGAAGUGAAAAGCCAUCUACAAGUGAGGAUUAAGAACAAACACAAUUUUAAUUUUCUGGGUCUCUUUCAGAAUCCUCCUCAUUUUAAUUUUUCUGACAUCUGAGA